AUGGUAUAUAGGACUAUCACACAAGCAAGGACACUUAGGGAAUUAAGGCGAGGGAUUGAUGAGUUGAAACAAGCCUUGGCUGCUCAGGCUGCACCUCCAGCUCCACCAAUCCCACCAGCACCGCCAGUGCCAUUGGCAUAUCCACAUAUACCGUCUAUUCCGACGGUAGAACAGUUUCGCAGAUAUCGACCCCUACCUUUGAUGGCAAGAAAGACCCUCUGCCAGCUGAAGAGUGGUUGCGUACUAUUGAGAAAAUCUUUCGGGACAUCUCUUGUCCAGAAAACCAAAAGAAUUCUUAAGACUGGUACAGGGAGAGAAAUUUCCGAGUAUGAGAGCAAGUUCGGGAAAUUGUCCCGAUAUGCCCCACAUCUUGUAAGUGCUGAGCUCAUGAAGGCAAAACGUUACAAGAGGGGCCUACGCCCAGAGAUCAGGCAGAUUGUGAGUUCACACGAUCUCACCACUUUUCAGGUAGUUGUGAAGAAAGCUCAAAUAAUAACCUAUUCAGGGGUGAAGUUGGUAAAUCAGGGGGAAUGUCUGUAUGGAAAGUAUGCUUGCUAUAAGUGUGGCCAACCUGGCCAUGGGGUUUUCUCAUUUCCAUCGAUUAAGAAACCCGAACAAGAGAAGAAAGGAAAAGCAAGGGUGUUUGCUCUGACUCACAAUGAGGCUGUCCAAAAUUCGAACAUAAUCACAGGUAUUUUAUCCAUCUUUGGUACUCCGAUUUAUGUCCUUAUUGAUUCCGGUACAACACAUUCGUUCAUAUCUAAUGCAUGUCUAGCUAAGAUUAAUGCUUCGUGUAAGAAGAAUGAUAAUGUACUAGAGGUUAGUAUGCCAUCAGGUGGAACUAUUGAUACAGAUAGGAUAGCAACGGGGGUACAAAUAAAUUUUGAUGGACUGACGUUAGAGGUCGACUUAUCGGGAGAAGAGGAAUUCAGAUUUUAUGGAUCGAAGGUUAAGGCACUUCCUCGCAUCAUCUCAGCUUUGAAGGCAAAAAGCAUGUUGAGGAAGCCUGACUGCCAGGGGUAUCUUGUCAGUCUUAUCGGCACCUCAUCUCAAGAUAAAAUAUUGGAUGAUGUGUCAAUAAUACGAGAGUAUGCUGACGUGUUUCCCGAUGAUCUACUGGGUAUUCCACCCAAUAGACAAGUAGCACGAUAG